AUGGAUCGUCGUCGGAAGAAUCAUCGGCGGGAGCCACCGGUUCUACGGCCGGAGCCAUGGCUGGUUUACUCCCAUGGGAAGCACAAAAAGUCGCAAACUUUCUACAGCUCGUCGGAACGAAGCUGCCAGGUGAGAAACAUCCGCAAGAUGCGAAAUCGAACCAUCUGGGCACAUUGCCAAGGCUGGUUAGUGCUUCUCGACAUCGAUCAUGGCGAUUGUUCGUUGUUCAACCCUGUCACCAUGGAGGAGCUCCACUUACCCAGGUUCCCAUUUACCGCGAAGAGUAUCGACCACUGCGCACUUUCCUCUCCUCCUCCUGAUGAUAAUUGUGUGGUUAUGUGUAUCGAAUAUUGUGGGCGAAGAAAGCAGAGUUCUUUUCACUUCUGUAGGCCAGGGGAUAAAGAUUGGACCACACAGCUAGUGAAGCCGCAACAAGGUCAGUGUUGGUACGAAGAGGAUACCCAUUCCUUCCAUUUCCAAAACAUCGUCAGCUUCAAUGGCGAGUUUUAUGUUGUUUCCGAGUGCUGUCAAGGCCUCUUUAAGGUUCAGUUGGCAAUUGACGAACUUGGUACUACUAACAAUGAUGCCUCCAUGGAGUUAAUUGAUAUGAAGUUGAGGGGGCCAGGGGAUCACUUCGUUAGCAGCACUAUGAUGAGCUCUUGGUUCAUGGUUCAGGCCUCGCCUACUGAACUAAUGACGGUCAAGCUAUACUACGGUGACAAUAGAGACACCGACUCCAGCUUCAAGGUUCGUAGCGUCGAGGGCUUUAAGAUUGGUGUAAAGCAACUGAACUUGUAUAAGGCCAAUUUCCAGGAACGAAAAUGGGAACGCUUGGAGACAUUGCCCGAAGACACUGCUAUCUUCUUAGGCUCCAAUAGCGAUAAUGCCGUCUCUUAUCAAAUCCCAAGAAGACAGGAAUUCGAUGUGGGAGGAGGACUUGUUCGUGGGAACACGGUGUACUUUACGACUACGAAUGCCGGGUAUCUUUACGCGUAUGACGUUGGAGACAGAAGUAUAAGCGUCUCUUUAGUAUGUUCUAAAGCUAACAGACCUGAUUAUUCUGAACCGCAUUGGAUUAUGCCCCUUGGUUGCUCGUCUUCAACGGAUGAUCCUCAACGAGAAUUCGAAAUCUCGCCCGAUGAGAUUGGCAACGAGCAGAUUAUUCUCUCGUCGACGACGGGCAACAACAACAGUAGCAGCACUACUGAUCAUGAUGGACGACAUUGGUCGUACGACAUUCCAAGUGAGCUUCUUUUCGAUGUACAGUCUCGCUUAUUUGGUGCCGAUCGUUGUUUUUUCCGUCUCGCUUGCAAAACGUGGAAUUCGACAUUUUCCAGGGUCGUCUCUACAUCGUCAAACGAUCGAUUUGCGAGGAAUCAUUCUUUCCCGAUUCUCUUACACAGAGGAAUGAAUGGGGAGGUAGUCAGCUUAUUCAACCCAAUUACCAGUGUAACCAGUAUCUUGUCUUUCGACGCUUGGAGUCUGAGAGAUGCAGUCAUUCGCUGCUCCAAACACGGAUGGUUGCUUAUGUCACAAGGACUUGGGGUUGAUCAACUGUUCUUUUUCAAUCCUUUUACCAAAGACAGGAUCAACCUUCCUAUGCUGCCAUAUGACUUUGAAGGGAUCACAUUCUCGUCUCCGCCGACAUCCUUUAACUGCCUGGUUAUUUGCUACUCUGCUUGGUGGCAGCAAAUGGUGAUAUCCUUUAUUUAUCGAGGACAGCAUCACUGGACUGAUUAUCCGGUAACGAGCUACACCAGUGAUUUCAUGAGCCCUUUCAGUAAUCCAAUUUACCACAAAGGAUUGCUAUGUUUUAUGGGAAAGAACGCAGAUCUUUGCAUUCAUGACUUUGAACAAAGAACCACCAAGACGAUAGAGCUUCCUCAUAGAUCUUGUACGUCAGUACAAAGAAGCUAUCUGUUGGAGUGCAAUGGGAAGCUUUUGUCGGUGUUGAUAGGCCACAUGGGAAAGGUUCUGGAGGUAUAUGCACUCGAUCAAGAAGCCAUUACUUGGAAAGAACUGGAUGACCUCGAAGACAAUAUGCUGUUUGUGAGCGCUGCUUCUGCAUUAUCAGCAACAAAUAGUGGAGAGAAGAUUUCCUGCUUGGGGAACAAGGUGUUUCUGGACAGGUUUAAGGAGAAGGACGGCGUGUUUUAUUCUCUGGCAACAAGAAAGUUUCAUACUUUUUGGAGCGGAUACAACAGUGAUGAUUGUUGCAACACCAAAGAAUUUAUCAAUUGUGCAUGGAUUGAACCAAGCUUCAAAACUCACACGAAAGAUGAGCUUCAAUGGUGGUAA